AUUCAAUGCCCUGCUGUAGUUGCGCAUUUAUUGUUGGAAAUUCCCAGGACCGAUUAUGAAUGCCAGCACUGUAGAUCAGACACAGUUUAACCAGCGACAUAGACGUCAGUACUUCGGCGAACUGACGGUUACUUAAACGAGUAAGGAUCCUUCACUCGUGUACAAAGAGAAACUUCAUGAGACAUGGCCGCGCAGGAAGUACCUGGUUUUCUCGACAACCUGAUUCAAGGUACAGUGAUUGAAGCACGGGCAAAAUUUCGUGUUUUGGACCCAAAGUCCGGAAAGCGGUACAAUGUGAAGAUUAAGGAAAAACGUCCAAAGUGGUAUCAACUUUGUUUUAACUGUUUGCUUAGGAAACUGCAUUUCAAGAAACGCAAUCACAGUUCUUGCCACACUCUUGGUGAAACCGAUUCCGAACCACUUAGGCCUACCCACGAAAAUUUGACUGAUAUAUCUGCCAUUGAAGACCAACUUACCACAGACUCUGCCGAUGGUUCUAUUAACGACAACCAUACGCCAACAGAUCAAGAUCAGAGAGGAGAAACUGAAGUUGUUGUUCACCCUACCCCUGACGCAUGUGAUAGCGACGGCCAGUGGUAUGAUGUUCCUCGUCCUUCCCAUCAGGAAGGUGAAACAAGUGACAUUGAUCAGGAAUACAACUACGAGGCAGUAGAGAUCAGUGAUAUCAAAGCAGGCAGUGAUGGGUCUUCUGAUGUCACGCCCAGUCCGCAACCUCGCGAAGAGAAAGCGGAAAAGAGCACAACAGUGGAGACAAAUUUACGCCAUGACGUGGUCAAUGAAAUUGUUGUCUACACACCAGACGGCGAGGAUCUUUCCGGUAACGCCGAUGACUAUUAUGAACACAAGAUCAGUAAAAGAUACCAACAACUCAUCUGUCGCCCAUGUAACCCCGAAUCUGAAAUCGGGGAGCUAAAUUUGCCAUCAAGGUGCAUACAAGCAGAUUGAGUUGCCAAACUGUAUUACGGUGGAACACCUUUGUAACAAGGUCCUUGGGACUUUAUAAGAUGAUAUGUAUAUCGCAUUGGUAACGGGGAAUAUUUAUCAUUGUUUAUUCACAGACAGAGUUUGCUUAAUUAUUAUCAGUAUUUUGCGUGCAGCUUUCAAAAACAUAGACACAUAACCCUUAUUAAACUACCACCAUACAGUUACUGAAUGUUUCGAGCGCCACAGGCAAUCAGACUAUCUUGUGAAAUAUUCGGAAUGAACUUAUAAGCAACAAUCUCAGAUACCACUAUUACGGUCGGUUAGACAUGGUAGCUUACGCAAAACUAAUACAGUAAUAUGUACAAAUUUGGGAAAGGGGGCUAUUUGUGAAAUUCGGUCAGAGACCCACGUAAUGUAAUAUUUUGGGGGAAUCCUUGAAAAUGCACUUUUGUUUCCAAUUUAACCUUAUUUUCAAUUUUCGUUUUGCAAUUUUCAGGAUAUUUUGUGCCUUUUUGAAUUUUAUACUAAUGCCAAUUUCGAUUUUCGUUUUGCAAUUUUCAGGAUAUUUUGUGCCUUUUUGAAUUUUAUACUAAUGCCAAUUUCAAUAUUCAUGGCCAAAAGUGAUGCCAUUUUUGGCAGAAAAUCUGAAUGUUACAGUUAUGUCAAUACCACAAGUUGCCAGAGUUUUGGAUAUUUUGGUAGUUUUAAUUCACUUUUCUUUGUGCUGGUACAUGGCAGUAAGCCAAU